GCUACCGUCAAAGAGACGUACUUCCGGUCGGCGGUAAAGCGUGCUGCUGCUGGUUCGAAGUGUAAACGUUACCGUAACGAAAAUAUUAUUUUUACCUACUUUAGUGUAAAAUUAAUUAUUGAAGCGGAAUAAAUAUGAGUUUACCUUUGAAUCCGAAGCCUUUCUUGAACGGCCUGACAGGGAAACCUGUGAUGGUAAAGCUGAAGUGGGGGAUGGAAUAUAAAGGCUACCUGGUGUCGGUGGACGGAUACAUGAACAUGCAGUUGGCAAACACAGAAGAGUACGUCGAUGGAGCAUUGGCAGGGCAUCUUGGUGAAGUGUUGAUCAGGUGCAACAAUGUUUUAUACAUCCGAGGCGUAGAAGAGGAGGAAGAAGAUGGAGAAAUGAGAGAGUGAUGAAGAUGAUUUAAGUUUUUUAUUUGGAACUGAUGGUGGAGUUCAUUUGUGUUUGUGUUUUCACCAUGUGAAACCAUUUCUGUUGUUCUCUUCUUUUUUUUUUUUUACUGAGUCCUGUUUGUAUGUUGGGAU